AGGACUUGAGCAAACCAUAUCAACAAUGGCUACACCUACACCUUCUAGUUCUAGACAGUGGAUUUGCGUAGCCAUUUUAGCCCUCAUGUGGUCUACACUAGCCUUAUCUCAUGUCGUCAAACCUCCUCCUAAACUCCCAAGAUUACGCAAGCUCCAAAUGGACAAAAGUAGUGAAGCUGAACCAAACAAGUUUUGGGCCACUGUAUCAGACUGUAAAACCAUUGGACACCAUAACUCAGAUAUUGAUAAAACCAAAAUAAUGGCUGGUGGUUGUGUCAAGCAGGACAGUCGGGAAGAUGGAAGCAUCCAUGGAGAAGGUCAUGGCAGUGUAUCAGACUGUAAAACCAUUGGACACCAUAACUCAGAUAUUGAUAAAACCAAAAUAAUGGCUGGUGGUUGCGUCAAGCAGGACAGUCGGGAAGAUGGAAGCAUCCAUGGAGAAGGUCAUGGCAGUGGUGGCAUCUCCAAUGGCGGUUUCAUGCCACAUGUGUCCAACCAGGAGAGCCAGAGAGGGAGGUGGCUCUGGUGGGUCAGAUAGGAUGACAAGAAAUUGGUCCAGGGAGAUUACUCCAAGCGCAUAGGAUAACUAGUAUGGAGGGUUAGGAUUAUAACUUUCUACGACAAAUAAACUUUUAUCUAAUGUUAGAAGAAGUCUACUUAAUCGUUUUCUUAUAUAAAAUGUUAAAUUUCCAACGUGUUUUGUUGUGAUUGUGC